AUGGUUCGAAGGACUCCGGAACAACAAUACCAGGAACUGGUCAAGCGCAGCAACAUUCCAAAAGAUGAGGUCCUCACUUUAUUUGAUCAAUUGAAGCCUGCUAAGCUCGAGCAAUUCAUUGGUCCCUGGAAAGCCGCCAGCGUGAGUACUGGCCACCCGAUUGAGCAAAUGCUUAACGACAUGCGUUGGGCUGGCAAGAAUUUUCGAUCUAUUGAAGAUGUCGAUCCAGUCGUGAUUUACAAAGACGAUGGAUCUCGUAGAUGGAAUGAGGACUAUGGUCACGCCCGACUUCGUCAAGUCGAGUUCCGUGGGGUUGUUUCUACGGCUAUGGUUUACGACGAUUUUCCUAUCAUUGACUACUUUCGAUAUGUGAACGAUGACUUAUUGGCUGGAGCAAUGGAUUCGAAAAUCCAUCAGGGUGGAACAUAUUAUUUCUAUAUAUAUAGGUGA